ACUGCAUUUAUCUAUUGUAUUUAUAUAUUUCCUAUGUACUACUCAUCUUGAAGGAUUUGGUAGAUUGUUCAUUGCUAGUGGAUCAAGCAACCAUCAUGUCUUCAAUGCAUUCAGGGGUCUCCCCUCCGAUACUACAGUAUUAUGAGCGUCUAUGGACCCAAGCAUGCCAAGGAACUGCACAUGUCACAGGCGGUGUUGCCGUAGGCUUAUUCAAACAUUCGGGGCUACCCACACAGGCUUUGAGUCAGAUAUGGACUUUGGCAGACGCGAAUGCGCAUGGUAAGCUGGACAAAAACGAGUUUAUAUCUGCGCUUAGGCUCAUAGCUGCUGCACAAGCAGGCGCAACUCCAUCACGCGCGUUGCUGGAUCAACCACCACCGCCAGGUGCUCCAGCUGCAUCGUUCCAGGGAAUCAUUGGCCCUACAGGCGGCGGUCAGAAGCAACAACCGCAACAGCAAAGGCCACCUCAGAACCAAUUGCAAGGCAAACAAAGUCAAGAUGCUGUGCAAGGGGUUUCGCAACGACCUGUGUCGGGUUCAGGAGAUGACGGGAGGGGACAGAGUCAAGGAACGAAUCAGUCCACAUAUCAAUCCCACGGGCAACAGCUGCAAUUUCAGCCAAAUCAACAGCAGCAGCAGCGACGGCAACCACAACAACAGCCACCACAGCAACAGCAACAGCAACAAUCACAGUCACAGGGACAGCAACAGCAACAGCAACAACAGCAGCAGCAACAACCACCACACAUGCAACCGCGACAGCAACAACAGCCACAGACACAACCAAAUCAGCAACAACAACAGCAACAGCGGAAUAGCUAUCCACAACAACCACAGGACAGACCACUCUCGCCAGUAGUUGCUGUACAGAAUAGAGUGUCUCGGCAACCAACCGCUCAAGAUCUGCCUACUCAAGAAUCACCCUAUUAUUCUCAGAAACAGAACGCAAUAUUUAGACAAGCUUCGCAAAAUUCGAUGCACGACGGCCAAUUACAACAGAAUGCUUUGACAAAACAACUUUCGCAGCAAUCUGUGCAUAGUGGCGUGCCACCCAUGUCGGUACAACGUCCCGCGUCAAACCUAAAGCCACAAUCUCCCGUGUUUCCAAGGGCUGGCUUGGGGAAUUCAACGAGUCAACUUGAUGUAUCUGCUCCGUGGUCCAUUUCAGCACAAGAAAAGUCCGUCAGCGAUGCUUACUUCAGUAAAAUGAAAUCAGACAAUGGUGAGAUCACCGGAUUAGAAGCCAGAAACUUCUUGAUGAUGUCGAAACUUCCGGUUUCUACGUUAAGCCAAAUCUGGGUAUUGAGUGACAACAAUCAGAAUGGAAAAUUGAAUCGUGAAGAAUUUGCAGUUGCUAUGCGGUUGGUGAAGAAUGCGCUCGACAAGAAACCGAUACCGAGUGUUCUUCCCCCGGACAUGAUUCCGCCAUCACGACGACCACUUAGUGUCACGGAGACAACUCACUCACCUGUGAUGUCGGAGCGGUCACAACCGUCUCACAGUACGACUCAGCCGUCAAUGCCUACCCAAAUUGCCCAGGAUGUUGGGCCAAGCGCUUUGGUGCCCGAUCAAGUCACGGAACCAGAAAAUCGUUUCCAACAAAAUAUGCAGGGAUCUAGCUCAUCUGUACCUACCGAGAAUGCACAGUUUAGCAUGCCGUCGGGGUUACAACAGAGGCCACAGUCUGACGAAAUUCAGAAAAAAUCGCCAAUAGAAGACACUUGGAUAAUCAGUCCGGAAAUGAAGGCACAGUCUGAUACUUAUUUUGAUAUGCUGUUGGACGGUGAGAAAUCCGACUAUCUAAAUGGCAGACAGGCUAGACCACUUCUUGAAAAGUCUGGCCUACCUAAAAGCGAUUUGGCGAAUGUAUGGAAUCUUGUAGAUAACAAUCAAAAGGGGCAACUUAACAGGGAACAGUUUGCAUUGAUAAUGUAUAUUAUCAAGAAGAGAAAGGAAGAGCCAAAUACUGUGCUGCCAUCGGAAUUGCCAGCAAACUACGUACCCCCAAGUCUCCGUGCGAAUGGUUUAUCAAAUUCGAGAAUUGGGUCUCCACUGCCAAAGUCUUCCGUGACCACGAUGCAACCGAGGGGAAUGUCUUCAAGGCAGAUGCCACCAGUGCCGAUACAACCAUCACCGUCGACGACGAAUCGAGAAAUGUCACCAAGUGUGGCAUCACAAGAUUACACUGGUAACGAUUUGGGUCAUUCGCUUCCAUUGACAUCCACUACUUCGAUUCCUGUUGCAUAUGAUAGUAUGCUCGGAGGUCAAGAACAGCGACUGAGUGCCAAGGAUUUCGACACAGCAUCCCUGCCAUCCUCUCUAGCACUUGACUCUGCUCCGACAUCACAGUUUCCUGCACCCUUUAUGGUUGGUGCAUCCGCCGCGUCAAUGACAUCACUCAGCAACUUAGCUUCCCAGAAGCCUAUUGAGUCUUUGCAAUCUACAUCUCACGGGUCCCUCUUUACAAGUGACAUACCCAAGUUGUCAGCGGGUGAUGUAGAACUGGAUACUGCGCUCGUUGACACACCCUCUCAAGGAUCUAUGGGUAGCUUCCCACCACCGCCUCUGUCUCCGGGGCCUGGUGAACAAUCGAGCUCCAGUAAUGACGAUCUUGAAACUCUCCCUCCACCGUCUGAACCGGAGACAGGAUUACCAGAGUGCAGAAAGGCAAGUACUAUCUCAACGGUUAAACCUGCACCACGGGCGUUGGACCCAUUCAUAAACAUGACUUCAGCUCGCGGUUCUAUCGCCGAUUCAUCACUGAGAAACGAAUCGCCAUCUGUUGGUUUUGGUAAUGCAUCGUCUGUUCGGUCGUCAUUUGCAGAUCCUUUCAGCACUCCAGCGUCAACGUCAUCGUUUGGUGAAGUCGGAAUACAGAACUUGGGUCUCACAGAAUUUAAAGAAGCCGAUGCUGAAGAUGAUGAAAACAUUAAAGAGGCAAAUCGUCUUCGAAUAGAGAAAGCCAAAGCUUUGGCCGCCGCUGAGGAAGAGGCGAGACAGCUUGCAGGCAAGAGGAUGGCCCUAGAUGAACAGAAAAGUAUAAUUGAUAGAGAAGUAGCCGAUAUGGACGACACACUUCAAAUUAAGCUGGCGGAGAUUCAGGCCCAGGAGAGUGCUCUCAAAUCUAUUGAAGAUGAUAUCGUAGCCAGCGAGAAGAUUGUCGACGACAAGCAGACGGAGCUUGCUUUUAUCGACUCUAGAAUGGAAGCAAUCUCUCACAAUAAGGAGGAUGCCAGGCAAAGGCUGGAACACGCAAAUCAGAACGGUGUCGAAGCGGAACUUAAGUUGAAAGAAAUGGAGGCGGAGAUAACUCAGAAGCAGAGCGAGCUAGACGAGAUGGAGGCGAACAUCGAGUCCAUGGAAGCUCGCUGUGCCGAUUUGGCGUCCGAAAUAGAGAGAAGUGAAAGUCGAGCACGGGAAUUCGAGUCCAAAGUGGCGAUGAUGGCUAUCCGUCUUGCAGACACCGAAAUCAAAUUGGCUGACCAACAGGCGAAAUACGAAAGCGUGGUCGCUGCGACAGACGCUAGUGUAGCAGAUGCCGAAAGGAAAAUCGCAGAUGACGAGACAAGGAUUGAAAUGCUGGCUUCUGGGCCGGAGUCCGAUUCCGUCGCUGUCGAUAAAAGAGUAGAUGACGAUUCCGUUAUCUCGGCGCGAUCGAUUGAAGCUGAUAGCAACAAUGAAAACGCGAACGUGACAGGUGCUGCCGACGGACAGACCGACCAGGAGGACAAGACUGAUUUGACUGGCUCACCGUCCUCGCCGACGGGAGAGCACCCUGACGAAUCGGGUGUUAAUGCAGAACGAACCGAUACACCAUCUCCGUAUCCGCAAUCGUCUCCGUCGCCAGUAAAUUCCAACCCCAGUUCAGUACCAUUAUCACCAGUGCUGAGUCAAACAUCGAGGCAAUUGUUACCGGGUGCCGAUUUGGUUGUUGAGAGGGGCUUUCUCGACACCGAAUUAGCCGAGAUAGGCACCGAUGCGGAACUACAGGGUGAUGAAAAAGAGAGUCCUUGGGAAGUAAAUGACAGUGAUAAUCCGAGUGAGGAAACGUCACAUGGUAAUACUUUCGCCGAAAUUAUGCAUGGGAUCGAUGCCAUGAAGAACUCUGUAGACUCGGAUCGGACUAACAAUACGCAGAACUCCGACGAUGAUCCUAAAUCGCCAGCCAUGAACUUGGAUCACACUGGUAUUUUCACAGAUGUUAUCAGCGGUAUCGAAUCUUCACAACAAGAUGAACAACAGAAGCGUGCUUCAGGUGAUAAACCGCAGAAGAAUACUUCAGAUGAUGAAGAUAUUCAAGAUAAGAAUGACGCAGAUGACAGUCCCAACAUCGACUCUCAUGACCCGUUUGCAAGUGAUGAUGAGGAUUCUGACAAAGCUACGAACGAGAUGAAGCUUUCUGAUGACCAUGUUGACGUAACAUUCAGUGAUCCUUUUACUGUUAAUGACAGUGGUUCGAACUCUUCGAGUGAAUCAGGUAAAAAAGAUGCGGAUGAAACCUUCAUUACCGACACCCACGAUCCGUUCGCAAGUGAUGACGUGUGUGCUGACAAAGCCACGAGCGAGAUAAACACAGGUUCUGAUGACCAUGUUGACGAAUCAUCCAAAGAUCCCUUCGCUAUAGAAGAAAGAAGCUCUAGCAACAGCCCGAACACUCCUGCUGUAGUCGAGAAUGUUGCAGAUGAAAACCACAAUACUGACAGGCACGACCUGUUUGCAAGCGAUGACGAUGGUUCUAGCAACGCGAUGAUUCCAGGCAGCGUUGACGAAAUUACCAGCGAUCAUUUUGCUGUCGAGGAAGAGAGCCUUAAAAACGGUGCGAACUCGCGGAGAGCAUCGGGUGUCACCGAAUAUGGCUCGUUUGGAAACGACAACGCAUCUGAUAACCCAUUCGAUGAGGAUGACAAUGACCCAUUCGCUGGGUCCAAUGAGGAUGACCCAUUCGAGGGUAACGAGACAACCGGUAUGGAUACUUUCGAUGAUCUUCCGAAUGGUGAGUGCGUCGCCGCAACCUAUCUGUGCUCGUUUCGUUUUGAAUGA